AUGCGUUUGGGAAUAGCAGUCGCGAUCUUGUCCUUUGCGGGCCCGGGUCUGGCUCGUUUCGGACCACAGCAGCAGACUCCGAGUGAGAACCUAUCAUCCAGACCGAGGCGCUUCAUUGUAGAGCUCGCGAAGGACUCGGAUUUCAAGCAGCUCGAGACAGAGCUAUCCGCUUUCACCGGUGCGACGGUGUACAAGACUUUCCGCAGUGCUGUCUUCACCGGAGCCAGUGUCGAGUUGACAGGCAACAACGAAGAGUUCCUGCGUUUCCUACGGGGUGCGAGCAACGUUUGGCCAUCGCGCAGAGUCCAGAGGGCCGUGGUCGAGGAUGACCAGGAGUUCAGUGGAGGUGUCUCGGGAAGCAACUACAAUAUUCACGGCAUCACUGGUGUCCAAAGGCUUCAUGAGAGAGGAAUCCUGGGCAAAGGCGUCAAAGUUGCUGUUGUUGAUGCUGGUAUUGACUAUACACAUCCCGCUCUUGGUGGUGGUUUCGGUGAGGGCUUCAAGGUCAUGGGCGGAUAUGAUCUCGUCGGCGACUCAGACUGGCCUAGUGGUGAUGAACCCAAACGGCCUGACAAGGACCCGUACGAGAAAGAUUCUCUCGGCGGGCACGGAACGCAUGUCUCUGGGAUUGUUGCUGGACAGUCAGAAACCUGGCAGGGAGUUGCUCCUGAAGCUAACAUCUUGUCUUACAAGGUCUUUUCCGGGACGAGUGGCGAUACAGAUGAAGAGACGCUUAUUGAGGCGUUCUUAAUGGCUCAUAAUGAUGGCGCCGACAUCAUCACCGCUUCGAUCGGAGGUCGCGGAGGGUUCUCGUCCAACGCCUGGGCCGAGAUUGCUUCCCGUCUCGUGGAUCAAGGCGUCAUCGUGACGAUCUCCGCGGGCAACACGGGUGAAGGCGGUGCUUUCCUCGGGGAGAACGGUCAAGCCGGACGAAGCGUACUCUCAGUGGCGUCUACUGAGCCCUCAUACGUCCCUGGGAUGCCCUUUGAGGUGACCUUUGACUACGGAAACGGCGACGUCAACAAGUCAAGGUACGGAUUCUUCUAUGGUGGCCUCACACACAGCUUCCCCCUCAACUCGAGUCUUCCCAUUACCGCACUGUCCUUCGACCCUCUCAACACCACAAUCGGGUGCCGCUUCUUGCCACCAGGGACGGUCAACAUGACUGGCGCCCUUGUGAUGGUUCCGCGUGGAGGCUGCAAUGGCUUCAACAAACGAUAUGCCCUCCAGUCUGCUGGCGCCAAGUACAUGCUGCUGUUCAACGAUAAUGAAACAUUCCCGAUGCCCAAUAGCUAUGACGUUUAUCGUACCGAGGGCAUCACGGAGCAUGCUGUUGGUGUCGAGAUCCUUGCCGCGCUCGCAAAAGGGGCUAAGGUUACGGCCCGUUUCUUCAACGAGUCCGAUUCGGAUCUGGUCAACUUGAAGAACCCCGUCGUUGUCAGCUCCUACUUCACUUCUAUGGGUGGACUGUACGAUCUCCAGAUCAAACCAGACAUCGCAGCUCCAGGAAGCAACAUCUUUUCCACCAUCCCGCACGGGAAAUAUGGCCUAAAGUCGGGCACGUCAAUGGCCACGCCGUACGUGGCAGGUGUAGCUGCACUCUUCAUCUCGAAGCAUGGUGGCAGAAAGGUCUACGGCCCCGGGUUUGGGCAAAUGCUCUCAGCCAGGAUCUUGUCUAGUGGCGAUUCGCUUCCGUGGAAUAACGGGCUGAACAUGACAGACUAUGGGACGACGCGCGCCCCAAUCUUUCAACUAGGCAAUGGCUUGAUAAACGCUACCAAGAUCCUGGACUACCGGACGGAGCUUUCGUACGCGAAGUUUGCGCUCAACGAUACCACAAAUUUUCGCGCUUCGCAUUCUGUCAUGAUUACGAAUAAGUGCACAGGUUCCAUCACGUACAGUUUUUGCGUCGAGACUGCGGGGACGUAUGAGGUUCUUGAUGAUAGAGACAAUGUCAAGAUGGGACCUCAGUAUGCGGGCUUGGUGCCAUUGGCUACGCCGUUGGUCCCGAACGUGACGUUUCCCAAGGAGUUUACCGUUGGUCCGGGAGAGACUAGAGAGGCAAAAUUCACCUUCGAGCACCCCAAAGGCGGAAACCAUUCAGCUAUGCCCCUUUACAGCGGCAAGGUUCGCAUCCACGGCUCCAACGGGGAGCAGCUCUCGGUGCCUUACAUGGGCGUCGCGUCCGAUCUACGCAAGACCUUUAGGAAGAUAUUUGUCGACAAGUACCCGUAUAUCAACUCGGGAACGGAUGACACUCCUAUGGUAUACAAGGCCAACUUCUCCUUUGACCUCUCCCUAGAAGCGCAGGAUUUCCCAAAACUCUACAUGAAUUUCCGAUGGGGUUGCUCCGUCCUACGCUGGGACAUCUUUGAGCGCGGGUGGGAAGAGAAGAGCUGGGGGACGUAUCCGCCUGUUCCUGGAGAAGGUGGAUUCGUUGGACAUGCUGCGACCUGGGACAACGAAAGGCACGCUACCGUCUUUGAUCCAGACAACGAUAACGAAUUUGACCUCAUCCGGGGUCCCAUGGGAGAGCUCUCGAGGGAAGAUUACAACUACGCACCCUGGAGGGCGUGGUGGCUUGGCAGGUUCUCUGACGGCUCGAAGAUUCGGCCUGGAAAUUACACUAUGCGAGUUGCUGCGCUGAGUCCGUUUGGAGACCCGACGAAGAGCGAUCACUGGGAUAUCUGGAGGCGCGACUUCAUGGUUGUUGGCAAUCAAACAUUGCCUGACAGUUGA